UUUCCUUCAUUUUAUUGUUGCUAGUAUGGUAGCAAAUUUAGGAAUAUUUUUUUUAAUCCAUUUUCGAUAAUGGGUGAAAUUUUCCAGAAUACCAGAAUAACAAUUGAUUGUUUAGAGCCCAAAUGGACAAUUUGGAUUUAUUGCUUAGAGAUAUAUCUGCAGGGAAUUUUUGUUUUUAUGGUUAUUUGACUUCUGAGAGAAGGGUGCAGCAACCUAGAAGGCUAAAAAGUAGCUUCAAGGGCUGAAGUAUUCACUCUAGGGAAUCGGACCUUAAACUAUUCCUAAUAAGAAAUGGGGAUUUGCCAUCUGCUACUAUAUAAUUCUUUUAACACUUUAUUUAACCGUCCUCGCUGCCUAUUAGCUCAAAUCCAUAUUUCUGAGAACUGGCUUUCUUUUCUUCCAUUUUAUCCACUGAAGUGUGGUGCAUUCAUAGUUUUGCAUUCUUCGACAAGAACAAGGCAGGCUUUCGAGUCUAAUUUCAUUGGCUAAGAGAUCCUCAAGGGGUUCUUUGUGUCUGGUUAGAUUAGAGCCAUGGGAAUCUUCAGCUGGGUGCAAAACAAGUUCAACGGAAGGCAGGAGAAGAGAUUUGAUGCAGGAACGUGCUCAGUCCAUUAUAAUUCUAUGCCUGAUGAUCUAAAAGAACAUAAUGGCAUACCGCAUGCAUUGCUUGCAAUUGGCACACUUGGGGAUAAUGAGUUGAAGGAAGAACCUCAGCAAGAUGACCAGCCUCAGAACCUGGAUUCCUCAGACAAAUUAUCUGAUUUCACCGUUGAAGACGCUAACAAAUUACAAAAGGAACUAAAAAAGCUAUUCUCACACAAGUCCAAGUCCAAGACUAAUGUUGGAUUGGGGAUGGGCGAAGAAGAUAGAGCCAAUUUGCCAUUGAACAGAUUCCUAAAUUGUCCGUCAAGCUUGGAGGUGGCCAGGACUGUUAGUGCAAAAUUUGAGUCAUUGGAGAAUGAAAACAGUGGUGAUCUGUCACCAAUCACCAAGCUCAUACUAUACAAACUGAAAGAUGUGUUGUUGGGUAACCACACCACCAUUAAGAAAAAAUCUAUUCCCUUUCUUCUGAAGAAGAUGUUUAUGUGUGGCAGUGGCUUUGCACCAGCUCCAAGCUUAAGAGAUCCCGUAAUUGAGUCGAGGAUGGACAAAAUCUUAAGAGGAAUUCUCUCAAAGGCAAUUUGCCAGCACUGUUCUGCUCCAAUUUCAUCAAAGAAAUAUCUAAAGAAUAAACAAAAAGAGCAAGUACACAAAGAGGAAGAGGAGUGUAGGAAGAAAGCUAAAUCAAAAUGGGUCAAAACAGAUUCAGAGUUUAUUGUUCUCGAAAUCUAGCAACCAAUUCUUGAAGAUGAACUUGGUUUGUGCAGGUAUGCAAUGGAAAGACAGCUAUGUGCAUUGGAAAGAUUGGAACCUGAUGAGGAGAAGAAAAAACUCAAAUGUUGCACUGAAUAAGCAACGAAUGAUUCGUUAUUGGGACUGCAGCUUCUCAAUGACAUAUAUGAGUGUGAUUCUGAACAAAAUGCACAAUUCGUAUAAUUAAUUGGUGAUUUCUGCAAUGCAUUUCUUUGAAUAUUCUGUGCA